AUGCGCUUUGUGGUGGUGGGCGGCGGCGUGGCGGGCGUGUGCUGCGCGGAGGAGCUGUGCCGGGUGCGCCCGCAAGACAGCGUGACGCUAGUGGCCGCCGAUCGCGUGCUCAAGGGCGUGAGCGUGGUGGUGCGCCUGUCGCGGACCUUAGAGGAGCUGGCUUUGGUUGAGCGGCGACUGGAUGAGCUGCCCUGGCCCAACCUGCAGAUGGUGCAGGGCGUGGCGGCGGGAAUAGAUGCAGAGGGCAAGGAGCUGCUGCUCGGUGACGGCCGCCGCUUGCCUUAUGACAAGCUCUGUAUCUGCGCUGGGGCGCGGCCCAAGCAGCUGCCGCCCACAGCCUUCCACGCCCGCCCGGCGCCCGGGCUGAGCGAGGCCGAGGCGGAAGCCGAGCGGCAGCGGCAAGAGGCCGAGCUGAGGCGGCGCGUGCUGACCAUCCGAGAUACCGACAGCGUGCAGCGGCUGGCGGCGCGGCUGCGCGGCGCGCGGCGCGUCGCUGUGGUUGGCAACGGCGGCAUCGCCCUGGAGCUCAUCUCAGGGCUACAGGGCAAGGAUGUCACGUGGAUCAUGCGCCAUGCCCACAUCGGUGAUGCUUACUUCGACCUGGAUGCCGCCCAGUUCCUGCUGGAGGAGCUACAGCAGCAGCGGGAGCAGCAGGCGCAGCAGGUGGCAGGGGCGCAGCAGCAGCAGCAGCAGGAGCAGAAGCAGGAGCAGCUGCCGCCGUCGCCGCAGGAGCAGCAGCAAGAGCAGGGGCGGCGGCAGCCCUCUGAUGCCAGCCUAGCCAACGGUGCUGGCUCGGAGGACAAUUGCGGCAGCGGCAAGGUGCUGGGCCAUGCGGUGGGGCCCCGAUGGGUGCAGCAGCUGCUUCCGGCUGCUGUAGCGGCCGAGGGAGGCACCGCAGAGGAGGACAGCAGCGCAGUCGGCCGUGUGGAUUUAGAGUAUGGCUGCGAGGUGGCCUGCAUAGAGCUCAUCCAAGAGGGAGGGCAGCCGCAGCAGCAGCCGCGGCAGCCGCCCGGAGACGGAGACAGCCCCAGCCAGCGUGGCGGCCAGCCCCCGCUGCUGCUCACGCUCACCAGCGGCAAGAAGGUGGAGGCAGACCUGGUGCUGCUGGCCAUCGGGGUGACGCCCGCUCUGGACUGGGUUCCUCCCUGCGUCGAGCGGGCGCCCGAUGGCGGCUUGAAGCUCAACAGGCACAUGCAGAGCAGCGACCCCGCCAUCUACGCCGCCGGCGACAGCGCCAGCUGCAGCUGGGCAGCCGGAGAGUCCUCCCACUGGUUCCAGAUGCGGCUGUGGUCGCAGGCUCGCAGCAUGGGCAUAUAUGCCGCACACUGCAUGGCGGGGGUGCAGGAGCAGGCGAGCUCCAGCGCGCCUCCCCACAUGCAUAUGGGGGCCGACAUGGCAUUCGAGCUGUUCACCCACGUCACACGCUUCCUGGGGCGCAAGGUGGUGCUGCUGGGGCUGUACAACGGGCAGCGGCUGCAGCAUGAGCCUGCGUCCGACAUGGCAACCUACAGCCGCGUCACAGAGGGCCCCGAGCGCACGUUUGUGCGUGUGCUGUUGCUGCGGGGGCGGGUCCAGGGCGUGGUGCUGAUCGGCGACACAGAACUGGAAGAAACUUUUGAGAACCUGAUCCUGGACCAGCUGGAUGUGAGCCAGUACGGCCCCGCCCUGCUGGACCCCGACUUUGAGCUAGACCACGUGUUCGACUGAUUCAAUCGAGCGGUGCGGUGUUAUGGGGAGCCCACUGCGACAGCAGCCUGCCUCCUUAAUGGUGUAACAGGCAGACCAACAGACGGCAGCUGAGGCGUUGCGAGAUGAGAUGCUGGCAACCGAUGCACUGGCCAGUGCUCCCCAUGGGGAGGUGGGAUCUGGCAGCGGCCACUGGCAGCAGCAGCCUGGCAUCAGCGGCAUCACAAGUCAACAACAUCCAUUGAGGCUGCAGUCACAUGCCUUGGCUGGCUGGUGUGUUUUACAUCCAUGGUUCUUGUGCUGAUGUACACGCAGCAGGUGCAAUGUGCUGCGC